GCCGCGGCCGGGCCGGGCGGGAGGCCGGGCUGAGGCGGCCGCCGGGGCUGCGGACACGGCGCUCCCAUGAGCGGGCGCUGCUCGCCGGCCGCCGCCUUGCUGCUGCGGGGGCUCGCCGGCCCUGCCGCGCGCUGCCUGGGCAGGAGCAUGAGCCUCUGCGGGGCGCCGGCCGCCUGCGCCGCGGGGCCUGCGGGCGGUGGCGGCGCGGGCUUCUCCUCAGCGCGGCUGAGCCCGCCGUGGCUGCGGCUGCCGGAGGUACCGGGCGCGGAGCCGCACCGCGCCAACGAGCUCCUGCUGCUGCUGCCGCCGGCCCUGCACGACGCGGCCCCGCCGCAGCAUCACGUCGUCUACUUCCCGGGGGACGUGCAGAACUAUCACGACAUCAUGUCUUGCCACCCAGAAAACUUUCAGUGGGAGCACUGGAGUUUUGAAAAUGUUGCUACCAUACUUGCUCGCAGGUUCCCUAAUAGCUUUAUUUGGGUUGUAAAGUGUUCUCGAAUGCACCUGCACAAAUUCAGUUGUUACGACAACUUUGUGGCGAGCAACAUGUUUGGAGCGCCAGAGCACAGCACUCACUUUGGAGCUUUCAAGCAUCUCCAUGCAUUGCUAGUUAAUGCAUUCAGACUCUCUCAGAAUAUUCUGCUGUCCCAGAAAAGCGUGCAUGGUGUCAGCAAGGAUGCAAAAAUAGCUGCUUGUAAAUCACAGCCACGUUCUGUUCCUACAACAAAUGGCUGCUCAUCCACAGAGAGAGAGAGUGAUUGUGAAUGCUCUAAUAAUUCUGCUAUGAACUUCAUUAUACCGUCUGCUGUAGCUGCAGUGUCGUUUACUUUGAUCGGCUUCAGUAAAGGUUGUGUGGUUUUGAACCAGCUGCUUUAUGAGCUGAAGGAAGCUAAAAAAGACAAGAAUACAGAUGCCUUCUUAAAAACCAUAAAAGCGAUUUACUGGCUGGAUGGUGGUCACUCAGGAGGAAGCAAUACUUGGGUUACUUACCCUGAAGUGCUGAAAGAACUUGCAGAGACAGGAAUUGAAGUUCACGCUCAUGUCACCCCGUACCAAGUGUUUGACACAAUGAGGUCCUGGAUUGGGAGAGAGCAUGAGAAAUUUGUACAGAUACUUGAAGAAUUUGGUGUGGAAAUAAAUGAUCAACUACAUUUUGCUGAUGACGUUCCCUCCUUAGAUAACCAUUUCAGAGUUCAUGAAGUAUUUUGAGACUGUAUGCAUCCGAACAGUAUAUUCACUGUAAAAGCACUUAUAAUACUGUAAAUGUUGUCUUCUAGAUUUACAGCUUUGAGCAGCUGCUUUCUGAAGAGAAUACUAAGUCAGUCCUGCAUUGCUAAUAGAUACUAUAUAUACAUUUCCAUAGCCUAAAAUGGGAGGAUUGUGGACCCCAUACCUACAAGAGAUGUUGCCAUUUUAUUCCUGGAAAAAAAGUGUUACGAAGAACUAUCCUAUACGUGAUUCUUUGUUAAAUGUGAACAUUUGUUCUCAAGUGGUUGGCAAAAUUUUUAGUCCUGGAUGUCUGAUGUCAUAUACUACCUUUAACGGGAGUUCAGAGUACUCAGGACUUUUAGAUGUCUGGAUACUUCAAUUUAGUAGCUUCCAGGGCUAAAAGCUUUGGAAUUUGUCAGUAACAGACAUAAGGUUAGGAGGUUAUUUUGGCUUAUGGAAACUGAUGAUUGUUAGAACAAUCUUAGUUAUCUAUUUUGGUGAAAACUGUUUUAGUUAGUUAGUUGAAUCUUCCAGUUUUGUAACAUGUCUCCUAAUUGAAACAAAGUCACAAAUAUUUACCUUUGGUAUAAUAGUGCCAAUCCAUUUUUCUUCCUUAUGUGCACCUUGCCUUUUUUGUUGCUAUAGGGUUUCAUUGAUUCAUUAUGUAGUAUCUGCUAGUGAAUACUAUUUCACCUGUGGGCUUGAAAACUUUGACAUAGCUAUCUUAAGUGACCAAGAAUGUUGAUGAGGGUGUAGCUUAUUGCUGUUUCAACAUAUUUUGCUAUUGCUUUGAUAAACUUCUAUAAGGAGGACCAGCGGUAAUACCUGGAUUUUCCAGUUAAGAAGUGUCUUUUAUCCCUGCCUUGGACUGGUGAGGUUUUUCUAGCUAAUUGCUGCAUUGAUGUUGAUCUAAGUCAAGCCAUAAGUAUGUAAUGUAUUGCAAGUUGCGUAAAAAACUUUAGACUGUGUUGACUGUAGCUGUUUCAAAAUGCUUCUGUUUUAAUUUAAAACUAUUGUUUCCUUUAAAUGUAUUGCAGUAGUUGCUUCUAGAGCCACCCAAAAAUCUAUUUUCCGAGGCUAAUGUUUCAUACAGACAUACACCCCCCCAAUUAAAUGCGAAAGAUGUAAUCAACUUCAGGCCCCAAACCUGAAUGUUCUUUAGAAUUACUGAAAAGUGGACAGAUAAGGGUAUUAGUGGAACUUUUCUACUGUUGUAAGUAACUUUUCAUUUAUCUACAAAUACACCUUAGAAUAACUCUUAAAAAGACAACUGCAGCUAUUAACAGUGAACCAGUAGCUUACAAUGGUUCUGGAUUUCCUGGAAGUAUAGGCAUACAAAAACAAGCUAGCAAAACGCUGCAAAGAUUACAUAUGGCUCAGUUCUGAAAAAAGGCAUUUUAUUCAACUUUGUUCCUAUGUUUGAUGUCUUAGCAACAUCUUCCCCCUGCUUCUUGCUUCCUGUGACACUUACACUGUGGAAGGGAAGUCCUAGAUCAUCUUUCUUCCAUUGGCAUCAUUAAAACCUAGAAGUUUCACUGGAGAUGGUGUUUUCACAACUCUUGCAGAGGUUGCGCACAUGGUGGUGAUCACUGAAGAAUGAGAAAAGUGUGUUGAACUGUUAAAAUUUUCCUAAUACUCAGAAUGUUAAGGGUAGUAGAAAGGAUUAUGCAUACCGUGUGUACCUUACAAUGUGAAGGUGAACUCUUAUCACUAAUAACAAUUAAUGUACCUAGUUAAGCAAAAGGGGGAAGUAACUUAUUUUAAUAGAUGGAGAAAAGUGCAACAUGCAAGCCAACUCUUUAUCAUUUUAUAAAAUAAUCUAGUUCCAUCUGCUUUUAUUUUUUCUUUAAGGUCUUUCUUGGAGAUGUUGUUUAACCCUAUUUAUUGAUUGCCUUUUUAAUGGGCUUAUAACAGCUUGUGUGUGUGUUCCAAGAAGGCUAUUUCCCUUUUUUGGUCCUUUCGAUAUGUGAGGACUUUUUUUCUGUAAAGGAAAUAUGGGUCACCUAACAAAGUGGCUUUAAUAGAAAGCCUGCAUAUUGCUUGAAGUAUCUUUAAUUAUCCACUUACAAAGUAAUUAAAAAACCCCAAACAAAACACCAACAAAAAACCCAGAACACACCACUGGUCUUGCUCCCUCUCAGUUUCAGACUGACUGGGCUAACUUGGGUAUGCUGAAACUCCCCAAUAACUGCGCAGAUCAUAGACCCAGUUUCUAAACAAUUUUGUGCCAGCCAAAACAGCAGCAGUAGGUUGUUGUAAGCUUUUGGAAACAGCUAUUAAAAUAUUGACAUUGUCUUCAGAAGUUUCUGGGUGGCUACCAUAUGAAAAUAAUAUUAAUCUGUUUGAUGGAGGCUGCUUACAAUAACUGUUAAAUUAAAUAGGCUCAGGUGUUGCUAUAUAAGCACUUUGUUGCAAAACUAAUCUUGUGAGACCUCGUGUCGUGGAGGGAAAACUGACUGGUUGUUUUUCAGUCUCUAAACAGUUGUAGUAGUCUGGUGGAAUGUGCCUCUGUUAUUCGCUGCAAUGCAUGCUAAAAAUAACUUGCAAACAAUGUAGAAAAUAAACCAUUUCUAAUGGGUGAAACCAUUCCAAUGUGAAUGUAAAACCAUUAAAUUAGGAAUGUGCAGUUAAGUUUUAUGGAUUAAGCUUUAUCAGGUGUUUGUGGAGGCCUAGUUUAAAAAAAAACCAACAGAUUUAUUUGAAAGCUUUUCUUCAAUGAGGCUUUGUAUUUGUGUCAGCAUCAGUUUACUGCCAUCUCGCAUGCCUGGGAGAGCUGGCGUGAAGUACCCACAGGUGUGAAUGUUUCUAUAUUAGGAUUAAAUGGGUCACAGUUUGUAUACACCUGUUUUUCAACUGUAAAGGCAGCUUUUAAUAAGCUUGGAUGUAAAUGCCUAAAAGUUAAGUGAUUCUCAUGCUUACGGUGGUUUAGUUCAAGACGUGUCUGGUUUUGGAGAGAGCAACAUUGCAGAGUCCUUAGCACGACCUAGUACGUAAUAGCUGGUAUUCUUUAUAUCACAUGCUUGUUCCUUGUACAGUAGGCAAGGCGUUCAUCAGAUUUGAGAAGCUGUGCCUGUUAAAUUCCUUUAAGACAAGGCUGGAUUCUGUGAAAUUGUCCAGAUUCCGUGUGACUUAAAUGAUUUUAUUUUGUGUGCAUCUGAAAUGUUAGAAACUUUGGCAGCCUUCUCCCUCUAGAUCUAAUUUAUUUGCAUCUCUGUAAAUGCCACUGCAUAAAUCCUCGUUGGCCCUUAAUUUUGAAAGGUGAUUAAGGAUCCAAGUCUUAACAUGUUGCAGGAAGGAGCAAUCUCUUCUGUCCUCCCGUCGAUAACAUCCUGCCACCUGCCUUAUGUUAGCAUGAACGCUUUGUGGUGAGCUGAUCUGUCUUUCUAAAUUAACAUUAUUGCUGAUAGAGAUAGCUCAUGGGAGUACUGUGUAUUUAAAUAGUCAUAGAAAUUAUUUUAAUGACUGUUAAAUCAGUUCAGGAGUUAGGAUGUCACAACUGUGGAUAUUCAUGGGUAAAAGUGAUUGUGAACAAUGAUGCGUUCACGUUUUCCCAACAGGUUCUUUUUGAGCUAUUUGCAGAAAGAAAAGGUCACCUGUUUUUUCUUACCUCUUACAACGCUGUCUUUCCUAAGCCAACAAUGACUUCAUCGCUGCAGGUAAACAGUGUUUGUUGUUCUCAAGUUGAAGCACUGAGGUCAAAGUAUACCCAUCCAUUUACCCUGAAUGCUUAUUUUAAAUGACACAGGGUCUUAAUCAGUUAAUGUAAGAGAGAAGUUAAAGAAAAGUAAAAAUUUUGGGAUGUGUGUGCUCUGUUGUCAGCCACAUUUUUAGGUAUAUCCCUGCCUACUAGAAUCCACAAAGAGGAAUUGCGUGUCUGUAUUCCUGUGCAAUACAGAAGCAAAGGCAGAUGUCUCGGACUGCAAUCUCAGGAGACAGCCCCAUCAAAUCACCUUUGGAGUUACUUCUUCACAAUCUUUUCAGUCUUGUAUUGAAAUCUCAUUUCAUUUUUGUGAGGAUGGUAAAGAACAAAACGUGUACUUACAUUCAUAACCUGAUGAAAAUUUAGACGUGUUUAAAUAUUGCUGAUGGAGACCCUAAGACCAAAGCUGGCACUCUGUUGGUCUUACUGAUCUCUUUACUCUGUUCAGAUGCAAGGUGACUGUUUUUAACUCCAAUAAAAUAACAUGAAGUCAUAAAGCCAGUAAUGCAAGGUCGUAAAACACCUAUGUGUCAGAGACUGCUUCUCCCAGUGCCAGACAUACUCUUCCUGACUAAAUUCAUUUCGUCAAUAUUAACAGCAUAAUUCACUCCUCUUGCUGACAAAAAACACUUGCAUGGGAUUAACUGUUCCACAUCACUGUGGAAACCAUGGAAAACUGAUUCAAGGAGUCAUUUUGCAUAUAGUGUAGUGUGGAUUGUAAGGUAGUGAUGGUUUUGUCAUCGUUUCCUGUCUUUAGGGCUUCAUUGCAUGUUUCCAAGUGACUUGAGAAGUGCCAAAUUCUACUCAAGCAAAUGACCAGGAAAGCAUCUGGUAGAACAAAAGGGCGAAAAUAAAUUAUCUGGGUUUUCUUCAUGUGUAUAAACAUCUCAUGUACUUGAAAAGGGGCAGAAUGCCACUACUUCAGGGUUCAGAAUAAAUUUUCCUUCUCUCAGUGAGCUUUCAGAGAGCGCUUUCAGUCAUAGAUGUUAAUUUCCUUUGUUGUACUUGGCACUGACGGAGCUGAGCUGUUUCUAAAGAAAGCACUGCUGCAAGACAGAAGAAAGGGAAGACGCAGCUGUGCUGAAGUGCGAAACAGGGCUCCGCGCAUCUCCCACGACAGUUUACCCCUCGGCAAUGCUCUGCGCCUGGGUGCUGGAUGAAGCCGUUGCGUCCCUUGCAGGCUUGCUGCGUGGCCCUGCUUCCCUGUUCCCCAGUGUAAGGAAUACAUUGAUCUGUGUGAUGGAAGUUAAGCGAUUAAUGUACUGCUUGACAGCUGAAGUAUAAGCGUUUUCACAGCAAAAAUCAUCGGUUACUGUGAUCUGCAUUAUUAUUGCAAGCAAUUGCUUCGGAGCUUUUGUGUGUGAACAUAGCCUCGCACGCGGCACUGCGCCUUUUACAUGGUUGAGCAGUUCUUUUAAUGUUUUCAAUCUGCUCUUAAAAAUGUUGACUAGGAACAGAUCUGAACAAUUGGAAAGGAAGUAAUCUGCUUCUGUUGCUCUUGGGAAUCGCCACUUAAAAGGGACCAUUGCUCUCAGCAGUUACCACAUGCAGAGUCAGAAUCUAUCCCCACUCCCAGGGUCUGACCCAAAGCAAAAUGGGAAAUCUUACUGUGCCGCCUUUACUGCACACUUGGCUAACUGUCCAAAAAAAUAAAAUUUCAUCUGCCCUUCUUUGGCCA